CUGCCGACGGUCAGCGCCGCCGGCGGCCGCCGCUCGCGAUCGAGCGUCGCUCCGAAAACGAGGCGCUUAAGAGCGACUGUCCGCGCGAGCCUCCGCGCGAAGGCACACGAGUGGCCGUAUCGCGCGCGUCCGGAUGCGAGAGACACGUCGUCGUAUUUAUUUAUUUGUCAAACAUUUAUGGACCUUUAUCUUAGACAUGAUAAUAGAGACGUUGUCGGGCACACAGCUAUUAAAGAAUCGUGUUUACCCAACUUGUAUGAAGUUACAGUUAUUUAUUUUUUUUCUGUAUCAGUUUUUUAGGGAGUGUAAUAGAUGUGAUUUGUUCACCGGACUUCACCACAACUACUGAUAUGAAUGAUAAGUAGCACUUAACUUAGUGGUCAUGUUGUUAACACGUGAACGUGCGCAAAUUUGUAUUCUCUUUGUCGUACACCGCGAGGAAACGUCUGCUGAAUGAAUAAAUGUAAAUGAACUAAAAUGACUUUUUUUUUAUUUAUUUUUCCUUUUUAAAUUUGAGUAAAGCGAUUUAUUUUGUAUCAGCUCGCGCCGGUGACAUAUAAUUUAUUUCACUCACUGUUCUGUUCUCAGAUUGCCACUACUUGCCUUGCCAGUUUCCGUCUGCCUACUUAUUAAUUUGGUUCUUACUCACUGUAUUAAUGUAAUUCAGGGUAAUAUAUCAAUCACUCACCGUACUGAUGUUUCAUAUGGAAAGGUAGGUUCAGUGGAUUUUUUGCCGUGUAACUUGUAGAAGGAUGGGAGUUGGGUAGAUGCAUCCAGACACAUGCAGCUCUGAGUGUUUUCAGCAUAAGGAUCAGAGUUUGCUGAGCGUUUCAAGAUGUGCUGCACAGCAUGAGGAUCAGAGCUGCUGCUCCAUCGCUGUACCUGUGUGGCUGUGCUGCGCUCGCUGUGCGCGGACCUCCCGGACAGACAGCCCCUCUGUCUCCCACACUUCCAUCCCUCACCUCUCCUGCUGCUUUUUGAGCAAAGAGAAAGUGGUGGCUGGUUGGCAGGGCUGGACCCCGGGGUGGGCAGAAGGAACCGUCUCCGGAUCGGUUUGGGAAACUGACCCCAUUCUCCUCCUCGCAGCAGCUUUUGCCAUCCCAGACAACAGAAUGAGUUACUACUACAUGGAUCCAGUUUCCGCGUACCCUGCCUCUCACCCCUGUGACCGCCUCGGCCUGAUGAGGCAGGGCAGCAGGGUGGAGGUGGGAGAGCCGAGCCCCGUUACCGGUGCCUGUCCCGCACAGCAGUACUACAACCCACGACCUGCCUACCCCCAGGACGUGACCCUGCAGGAAGUGCCCAAUGGCCACGAUUUCUGCCUCACAGAUCUGGAGUGCGGCGAUGUUCCUCUGCUCACUCCAGGGAGCAAAGAGAUGAUGUCCCAGGCCCUGAAAGACACCUUCAGUGGCUUCACGAAGGAGCAGCAGCGUCUCGGAAUACCCAAAGACCCCUGGCAGUGGACAGAGAACCAUGUGGCCGAGUGGCUGACGUGGACUGCAAACGAGUUCAGCCUGAAGAAUGUGGACUUCCACAAGUUCUGCAUGAAUGGUGCCUCUCUGUGUGCGCUGGGCAAGGAACGCUUUCUGGACCUCGCCCCAGAUUUUGUUGGGGACAUCCUUUGGGAGCAUUUAGAGAUGCUUCAGAAAGAUGUGAAAAAUUUUCCCGUCAACGGCCUGAUCUCAAACUUCCAGGAAUCCCGCUAUACCUCAGACUACUUUGCCAGCUACGGCAUUGAGCAUGCCCAGUGCGUGCCUCCUUCUGAAUACUCAGAGCCGGGAUUCAUCACCGAGUCGUACCAGACGCUGCACUCCAUCAGCUCGGAAGACCUGCUGUCGCUCAAGUACGAGAGCGAGUACCCCAAUGUAAUCCUCCGCGACACCCCGCUGAACCCCCUGCAAGGGGACUUUGUCUCUAUCAAGCAGGAAGUCAUCUCUCCAGACAACAUGUGUGUGGGCCGCAUCAGCAGAGGAAAACUGGGAGGCCAGGACUCUUUCGAGAGCAUGGACAGCGUGGAGAGCUGUGACCGGCUGACGCAGUCCUGGAACAGUCAGUCCUCCUUCAACAGCCUGCAGCGCGUGCCCUCCUAUGACAGCUUUGACUCUGAGGACUACCCCACUGCACUUCAUGGCCAGAAGCCCAAGGGCACAUUCAAGGACUACGUGAGAGAGCGCUCUGACCUCAACAAAGACAAGCCUGUCAUUCCAGCAGCUGCACUCGCCGGAUACACAGGUAGUGGACCCAUUCAGUUAUGGCAGUUUCUCCUGGAGCUUCUUACAGACAAGUCUUGCCAGUCUUUCAUCAGCUGGACAGGAGAUGGGUGGGAGUUCAAGCUGUCUGACCCAGAUGAGGUGGCCCGGAGGUGGGGCAAGCGGAAAAACAAGCCCAAGAUGAACUACGAGAAGCUGAGCCGAGGCCUGCGCUACUACUAUGACAAGAACAUCAUCCAUAAGACAUCGGGCAAGCGUUACGUGUACCGCUUUGUCUGUGACUUGAAAAGCCUGCUGGGAUAUGCCCCUGAGGAGCUUCAUGCCAUGUUGGAUGUUAAGCCCGACACGGACGAGUGAUGGCACCUGGGUGGGGCAGCGCCAGGAGGGGUGGAGCCAGGGGGAUUGGGCGCUCAAAGAAUUCUGUGCAGAACUCGGUGGGCGUAACAGGACCAAACAGGGUCUUUUUCAACGCGUAGCUUUGGCCCGUUUUACCGUUUGAGCUGUUUCAGCUGACAUUGAAAAGGGGCAGAAGAUUGCCAUUUGUGUGCGUCAUUUCAUUGCCUGUCACAUCCAGGACUGUGUGUGUGUGGAACAUAUUCAUACAUGUAUUUAUAGACAUAGAUGUUAGACGUACAUAAGCAUAAACACAUGUAUAUAUAUACAUUAAAGAUAAAUCUCAGCUCAAAUAAGUGGUAAAUGGAAAGCUAUCAGUUAAAAAAGGCCAUUAUGCUUUAGAGCACAAGCAGCUGACUCAGAAAGGGCCAGAGGAGAGUAGAAGAUCCUGAAACAGGCUGAUCUGAGAUGGAUGAUUCCUACUACAAAAAAGAAAAAAAAAACCGUUGCCAAAAGUUAAGAGGAACUGUAUAAAUUAUGGUAUUUACAUACUUAUGGUCUGUCUGCCUCUCUGCACAGAGAACAAAUAGGCAGAGUUGUUAGCCAAGACCCCAAAGGUGUUUUUUUUUUUUUUUUUGUUAUGUUAUGUUGAAUAGAAGUUUGUGCCAGUAUUAUUGUUUUUAAUCUCCUGUCUUAAAACAAUGAACUCCCUGUUGUUUCUGAGGGCUCCCUUUUGGCCUCAGAAUGGUUUACGUUUAUGAAGGCUGGAAACCAUAAAGUUGUUAACGCCGGUGGUAUUUCCUUGCACCAUGCAAGUCUGUGACAGCAACGGGCUUUUUAACGAGGAUAACCUGACACGAUAGUGCUGAUUUGGUUUUCAGUCGAUGCUGACAUUGAGUCAUUUUCAACGCUUUGAAAACAAUACUCAUUCCGCGAGUGGUUGAUUUACACAACUGAAAGCGACCGUUGAAUUUAAACUGCUGCCUGUCUCCUCCAUGCCGUGCACACAUUCCCUGGGCUUCAAAAACAAACGGCCGACUGCACGUCGCUGCACUCCUGCAGCCUUUUAACGCCUUCGGUAGGCAUUGGCGACUCGACCUUCAGCUUCUAUUGGGGUUUAAAGAUUUUUGGGCGCAUGGAACGUAAGGUCAGGAAUUGGUGUUUGCCUCCCCAUAUUAAUUGUCUCAGCCCAACACAGAGUAUAUCGUUUGAGGGCUAAGAAUUGUGCAGAAGGUCCCUGGUGAUUUGCUGUCACUGCAUUGUGUAUGUCGCUCUCAAGUGUAGGUAAAGUAUUAUUAAAAUGGAAAUUACAUGUUAAUUCAACCAACCUCCCCACUGAAUCUCUGACUAACAAAUUUAAGCAACUGUUGCUUUCACUUCUGCCUUUGCCGAAAUUAAAAAAAAAUGAUAUUGGGGAAAUAACAGGAAAAAUCAGUAUUAAAUUUAUAGGGUGAUCUGAAGGGGGAAAAAAAAAAUCCCAUUAGUUUGACUGAAUCAUGGUCUCAACUGAAUUGUGAGACAUAUACUUGAGGUAUUGUUACAGUGGAAGGCCUGGGAAUGUAGUUUGAAUGUACUGUAUUAUAGUUUAUAUUAGGAACUCAAUAGCCUUGGGAAAGACAGCAAGCCUCUCUCUCCUUGCACAGUCGUUAAAAUACAUAACCUUGUAAUGGAGGAGGCCAGCUAUUGUAAACCAAGUGUUUUACUGGAAAAAGGAGGAGAGUAAAUAGAUAACGAGGCUGUGGAGUUAGAGAGGAUACUGAGAAGAAAUGUGCGAAAGACUGUAGAGAUGAGGUAUUAGUGAACGAUCCAGUGGCAAACGGAUGAGGUGUUCGCUCAUGUGCCUCAUUUCACAAAUAAGUUGGCGGAAAGACAUCUCCUGUACUGAGAACACGUGGAUGGAUUUGCUAUCGUGAAGUUGCUCUGGAAGAGGGUUUUGCAAGCUCAAGUAUACAGGUGUUUUUAAGCUCCGUUUUAAUGUAGUAGAAGGUGUCAAGAAGUACUGGGGGGAAAAAAAUAAAUGUCGAGGUUUGGGAAAAUACAAGAUGAAUGGGGUUGAGUGGUACAAACUCUUUUUGCUGUAGUGUUUUUAUAGACGCUUCAUUUUGGAGGGUGAUGAACCGGCAGCUGCUCGACACAAAAGAGGAAAUCAAAGAACGCAGCACUGUGCUCUGAGGAAUAUAUGAAAUGUAAGUUGGGAAUGUUGGCAAACCGUUACCAGUUGUGCCGGCGUUACACUUUUACGAACAGGCAGGACGGUUUUCGCCGUUUCCCUCAGCGGGAAUAGCACUGUGUAAAGGGCGUGUGGGAAAUGCAAAAUCUCAAAAAUACUGUCUUAAAAUACAAAAAAAAAAAAAAGGUUAUUGUUUACAAUGGCAGUGUCACCCAUCAUGAUUAUAAUAGCGUCACAGUUGUCUGUUUGUACAGAUUGUAUUUCAUAUGUUGUAUUAAGAGACCUCAAAUAAACAAACAGAUUCAAGGCCCUAAUAAUAACCGUGCCCAUGUGUGGGGUCUUGGAGUGAAAUGGGAAGAGUCCAUCUGCUGAGUUAGUUAGGGGAUGGAAUUCCUGUGCAUUAAAAGUGUAAAUUUCUUUGUUUUUUCUGCUUUUGGUCUAGUUUUAUACAUGUCCAUGUUUACCGGACAAAAUGGACAAUCUUAUCCAUGUUUACCGGACAAUCCAUUUUUAUCUGGUGCCACAGAUGGAGUAGAAGUUUCUCCAGCCAAAACUGCCAUUGCGGGAGUGUAGCCACAGCAUUCUCCCUAAACUACACACAUUUUGUCUCUGUCUGCUGAAUAUACAUUGAACCUCCUUUAAAAAAAAUUAUAUAUAUAUAUAUAUAAACGGCAGAUCUGCCGCUCUUGUCUGUUAGAGAGAUAAAAGCAGUAAUUCAGGUCAACAUACAUUCAUUUCACCAGUUUCUAUCAUUCCCAUUUAUGUUUUAAGUGAGCGAGUGCACCUGUCGGUGCUUGUAUGGAACACAGUGUUUCGGUCAUUGCGAACUUUGGGCUUCAAGAUAUGCCUUUACAGUGAUAGGAAGUAGCUUUGCUGUGUACAAAUCAGAUUAUUAGAGAUGUCUUGUAUGCCCAGAUUUAUAUGUAAUGUAUAAAUGCAUUGUUCAAAUCAUUCCAAGUGUACUUUACUUUGGCAAGUACCGACAUACA